GCCUCCUCUCAGGCCACUCCCGGGAAGCGCGCUGCUGUUCCGCCACACGGACGCACCGACGGACGGACGGACGGAGUGUCGCUCAGCGCGUCCUGCAAGUCUCUCUCCGGUCCUCCUCACCCCCAGACCUGCUCCUCACCCCCGGACCUGCUCCUCUCCUCCCGCAGCGGCCGAACCGGGGGUCGAGGCGGAGGCAUGUAGCCGCGGACGGAGCGCGCCGAGCGGCAUGUAGCACCUGGAGCUGCCCGCCUCCUGCUGCGUCUCCUCCCGGAGCUCCUCCGGCACCAGCGUCGCCUCGCACACGGAUUCCAGUGGGAUUUUAUCGGGGGGUUAGUGGACCCUAGAGGAGCGUGCUCGUCCCGCCGCCUCCCGGUCGAUGGUCGUUGGGGAAGCUUCCAUCUUGAGUCCCGUUUCUACCGAUAGCACCAUGGCGAGCGACUCCCCAGCCCGGAGUCUGGACGAGAUAGACCUGUCUGCUCUACGGGACCCAGCUGGCAUCUUUGAGCUGGUCGAACUGGUUGGAAAUGGCACCUAUGGGCAGGUCUACAAGGGCCGCCACGUUAAAACAGGGCAGCUCGCUGCCAUCAAGGUCAUGGAUGUCACCGGAGAUGAGGAGGAGGAGAUUAAAGCUGAGAUCAACAUGCUGAAGAAGUACAGCCACCACAGGAACAUCGCCACUUACUACGGAGCCUUCGUCAAGAAGAAUCCUCCGGGGAUGGACGACCAGCUCUGGCUGGUGAUGGAGUUCUGUGGCGCCGGAUCGGUGACGGAUCUGAUCAAAAACACCAAAGGGAACUCUCUGAAGGAGGAGUGGAUCGCCUACGUCUGCAGGGAGAUCCUCAGGGGUCUGACCCACCUCCACCAGCACAAAGUCAUUCACCGAGACAUCAAGGGCCAGAACGUCCUGCUGACGGAGAACGCCGAGGUCAAGCUGGUGGACUUCGGUGUGAGCGCCCAGCUGGACCGGACGGUGGGUCGCAGGAACACCUUCAUCGGGACGCCGUACUGGAUGGCCCCGGAGGUGAUCGCCUGCGACGAGAACCCAGACGCCACGUAUGACUUCAAGAGUGAUCUGUGGUCGUUGGGAAUCACAGCCAUCGAGAUGGCUGAGGGAGCUCCACCUCUAUGUGACAUGCAUCCCAUGAGGGCGCUCUUCCUCAUCCCCAGAAACCCUGCACCAAGGCUCAAAUCCAAGAAAUGGUCCAAGAAGUUCCAGUCGUUCAUCGAGAGCUGCCUGGUGAAGAGCCACAGCCAGCGGCCGAGCACCGAGCAGCUCCUCAAGCAUCCCUUCAUCAGAGACCUGCCCAAUGAACGGCAGGUCCGCAUCCAGCUGAAGGACCACAUCGACCGCACCAAGAAGAGGAGAGGGGAGAGGGAUGAAACUGAGUACGAGUACAGCGGCAGCGAGGAGGAGGACGAGGAGAGGGACGUCGGAGAGCCCAGCUCCAUCAUCAACAUUCCUGGCGAGUCGACUCUGAGGCGGGACUUCCUGCGCCUCCAGCUGGCUAAUAAGGAGCGCUCGGAGCUGAUCCGGCGUCAGCAGCUGGAGCAGCAGCAGAACGAGGAGCACAAGCGCCAGCUGCUGGCCGAGAGGCAGAAACGCAUCGAGGAGCAGAAGGAGCAGCGGCGGCGGCUGGAGGAGCAACAGCGUCGUGAGCGAGAGCUGAGGAAGCAGCAGGAGCGAGAGCAGAGGAGGAGGUACGAGGAGAUGGAGCAGCUCCGGAGGGAGGAGGAGAGGAGGCAUGCCGAGAGGGAACAGGAGUAUAUCCGUAGACAGCUGGAGGAGGAGCAGAGGCAGCUGGAGAUCCUUCAGCAGCAGCUCCUGCAGGAACAGGCCCUACUGCUGGAGUACAAGAGGAAGCAGAUCGAGGAGCAGCGGCAGGCCGAGCGUCUUCAGAGGCAGCUUCAGCAGGAACGAGCUUAUCUGGUUUCUCUACAGCAGCAGCAGGAAACACCGAGACCGCCGGCCGACAAGAAGCAGCUGUACCACUACAAGGACCAAGCACCGGGCAGCAACGACAAGCCGGCCUGGGCCAAGGAGGUGAUGCGUCGCGCUCAGAGCAACUCUCCUCGCGUCCCUCCUAAGAAGUUCCACUCCUUCAGGGAGACUCGUAACGUCCAGCUGGACAACCUGCUGCUGCUUCCCGGCUACAAGCCUCGCCGCCGCCGCCGCCCGCCGUCCUACCCGGCUCACGGCAGCCCGUCCAGAGACCAGCUCCACGUCCCCAGGAUCCGGGUCACCUGCGUCCCGGAGCCCGACUCGACCCGGCUGCUGGUCCGCCGGCCGAGUCCCAGCAGGAGCCCCGAGUCGAGGGGUCGCAGCCCCGGACGCCGGGUGGAGGAACAUUAUAAGAUGAACAGACAGACUUCUCCUGCGUUGCAGCAUAAAGUGUCCAACCGGAUCUCGGACCCGUCGCUGCCGCCGCGAUCCGAGUCCUUCAGUAGCGGAGGCAUCCAGCAGGCGAGGACCCCGCCCAUGCACCGAUCCGUCGAGCCUCAGAUGGCCCACCUGGUGCAGGUGAAGAGUCAUGGCCUGUCGGGCUCCCAGUCCCUGUACGACCCCCACGGCGUGUCCUCGUCCUCCUCGGCGUCGCCCUCCCCCUCCCGGCCUCCCAUGCCCCGGCAGAACUCCGACCCCACCUCCGACACCCCUCCUCCCCCGCCCCUGUCCCGCCUGGCGCCCCCCCUGGACAAGCUGGAUCGCAGCUCCUGGUUGCGGCAGGACGACGACAUGCCGCCCAAGGUUCCUCAGAGGACGACCUCCAUCUCUCCUGCUCUGGUCAGGAAGAACUCUCCUGGAAACGGGCCGGGCCUCGGUCCUCGGGCCGGAGCCCACCUGAUCCGGGCCAGCAACCCCGACCUGCGGAGGACCGACGUUUCCAUGGAGACGCCCCUGAAGAGGACGAGCAGCGGCAGCUCCUCCAGCUCCAGCACCCCCAGCUCCCAGGGAGGCUCCAAUGAGAGAGGUAAUUCGGCCUCUAAGACUGAAGGUUCGACUCUUUCCUCCCACGACACCAAAGACGACAACAGAGAGCUGACCAGACCCAGCAGGCCUGCAGAUCUGACCGCUUUGGCCAAAGAGCUGAGGGAGCUGCGACAGGGCGAGGAGACGAGCCGGCCGCCCGUAAAAGUCACCGACUACUCGUCCUCCAGCGAAGAGUCCCACAGCAGCGAGGAUGAGGAGGGUGAGGGCGGAGCCAACGACGGCACGGUGGCGGUCAGCGACAUCCCACGCAUCAUGCCGGCGGCGAGUCAAAGCACCGAGUCGUUCGGGAUGAUGGGAGGACACAACGACUCUCACGGAGAUUCGUACGGAAACAGCUCUCAGGACGGAACCCUGAUGAUGAGAGAGAAACUCGGGGAACGGAGGCGGAGCUCUGCCGCCAGCAACGGUUUCCCCGGCAACGCUAAUCUGUUCCCAGGCAACGCCAAUCUCCCCGAUUUGGUGCAGCAAAGCCCCUCCCCCCUGGUCUCCCCCGGCGACGCCUCCGGGGCCCAAUACGGGAUGGGAGGCGGUGGAGGAUCCAAGGCUUCCUUCACGCCAUUCGUUGAUCCGAGGGUCUAUGGGACAUCUCCGACUGACGAUGAUGAUAAUAACUCUGCCUCAGCGCUGUUUGCUGAUGAGCUGCUGAAGCAGGAACAGGAGCAGGCGAGACUCAACGAGGCCAGAAAGAUCUCUGUGGUCAACGUCAACCCAACCAACAUCCGACCGCACAGCGACACGCCCGAGAUCCGGAAAUACAAAAAGCGCUUCAACUCCGAGAUCCUGUGUGCCGCUCUCUGGGGCGUGAACCUGCUGGUGGGAACCGAGAACGGCCUGAUGCUGCUGGAUCGGAGCGGUCAGGGCAAAGUUUACAACCUGAUCAACCGACGGCGCUUCCAGCAGAUGGACGUCCUGGAGGGACUCAACGUCCUGGUGACCAUCUCAGGGAAGAAGAACAAGCUGCGUGUUUACUACCUGUCCUGGCUAAGGAAUAGGAUAUUACACAAUGACCCUGAAGUGGAGAAGAAGCAGGGCUGGAUUACUGUUGGGGAGCUGGAGGGCUGCGUUCACUACAAAGUCGUGAAAUACGAGAGGAUUAAAUUCUUGGUGAUUGCUCUGAAGAACUCGGUGGAAAUCUACGCCUGGGCACCUAAACCUUACCACAAGUUCAUGGCCUUCAAGUCUUUCACUGACCUGCAGCAUCGCCCCCUGCUGGUGGACCUGACCGUGGAGGAGGGUCAGAGGCUGAAGGUCAUCUAUGGAUCCAGCAUCGGAUUCCACGUCAUCGAUGUCGACUCCGGAAACCCCUACGACAUCUACAUCCCCUCACAUAUUCAGGGUCAGGUGACCCCGCACGCCAUCGUGGUUCUGCCCAAGACGGACGGCAUGGAGAUGCUGCUGUGCUACGAGGACGAGGGCGUCUACGUCAACACCUACGGACGCAUCACCAAAGACGUGGUGCUGCAGUGGGGCGAGAUGCCCACCUCCGUCGCCUACAUCCACUCCAGCCAGAUCAUGGGAUGGGGAGAGAAGGCCAUUGAGAUCCGCUCCGUGGAGACGGGACACCUCGAUGGAGUUUUCAUGCACAAGCGAGCUCAGCGACUGAAGUUCCUGUCAGAGAGAAACGACAAGGUUUUCUUCGCCUCGGUUCGCUCUGGAGGCAGCAGCCAGGUCUUCUUCAUGACCCUGAACAGGAGCUCCAUGAUGAACUGGUAACUCUGGAACAUCUGGACAGCAGGAGGCCAGACGGAGUGUGUGUGUUUGUGUGUUUAUGUGUGUUUGUGGAGGACAACGACAACAAGCUGCUGAUGAACAUCUGGACGAAUCCAGCUGCCUCCAGGACUUCCUGCUGACGUUUCAGGACGAGCCGAGCGGCCUUCAGCCUCCACGUCUGAGCUCUGAGUAGCACAUCGCUGACUUUCUGACGCGUUCACACCAGUAGCAUCAGCCAGAAAAACACUUGAACUCAUCACCAAUCCAACAACAGGAGGAACAAGUUUGGAGAAUAUGGAGCCUCCAGAAUGUGGAAGUCGGUCUUUUUAUCUCCUGAUCUGAGGCUGUAAAAUCUGACAAUCGAGACAGAAAAGUAGUGAAAUCUGCAGUGAACCAAAAAAUAAUAAAACAAGCUGGUCAAAGAAAUGAUGCAUUCAAGUGCAGACAGCUGAAAACCCAAUAACUACGAAGUAACUGGGUUAAAAAAGAUGGAAAAAUGUACGAAUAUUUAAAGUUUUCUGUUUUAAACCAACAAUAUUUGACUUUAAAAAGCAGAAAAUUGGCUCAGUUUUCCCUUUUAUGUUUAAAACACACAACAACAAAAAAAGAAAAUGGGUCCAUUUUUAAAUUUUUGUGUUUUAAACCUUCAAUGUAUUGAAGCCAUUUUUGUUGUGGCUUUAAACCAAAAAUUUAUAAAACAGACAGAAAAUUCAGAUUGUUUUUAACAGGACACAUUUUCAAUUUUUCCAUAUUAAACGUAUAAAAAAGAAAACAAAACAAUCUCUGCUUUUUUGUUGUUGUCCGAAACCUAAAAAAACCCAGAAAAUUAGGAUCAUUUUAGAGGUUUAUUUUCUUAAACCAACCAUGAAAAAAACUGAAAAUGGGCCCAUUUUAUUGUUUCUGUUUUCCACCUGCAGUGAUAAACAAAACAGAAAGUGGACCCAUUUUUUUGUUUUUUUGGUUUUAAACCAAACAUUUUUUACAAUUUAAAAAAAACAAUACGGGCCUGUUUUUUGCUUAUUUUUUUUAAAGAAUUAAACAAAAAACGAUUUUUUUUUGUUCAAAAUCUCCACUGAAUUUUGCUUUUUUUUUUUUUCCCAAAAUGACGUUAGUUUUUGUUCUUGAAUUGGAAAUGACUUACAGAUCCUCCACAGAGCACCACGCCUGACCUGAGUUUUAUUAUUCUUGUGAUUCUGACAGAAUUAAUUUUCUGUUUUCUAGCUGCUAAUGAAUCCCAGACGACGAUCCUGACAUUCAGACCUCGAUUGUUGCUGCUAGCCGGAUGUGUUCUAGACGGAUGUAGCAAAUUUUUUUAAAAAAAGGUGGUGAAAAGUCAGAAACGUGGCGGUGUGAACACUGGAGAUUGAAGCAGCCGGAGAUGAAACUGGGAGUUUGUAGAUAUGGAACCACUAGACUAGAGCGUUUUUACUUCCUGUUUUCCUGUAAAUACCCACUUCGAUGUUAUGGACGGAAGCAGGUGAGGACGCAGAAGAAGAAAAAAAUGAUGCUUUUCUUUGCCUUUUUCUGUUUUUAGUUUCUUCGCAUGUUUAACCACCUGUUCUGUAGAUCGGAGGCAAUACGCUGCAGGGUUCUAGGAAAAACCCCCAAGCUUUUUGUUUUCCUUUUUCUCCCAACACUGAGCUGUUAAAGUGAAAGCGUUUUCUGGAGAGAGUCACACGUUUAAUGUUCCUUUAUGCACAGCGUAGCUUCAUGACUGGACUCAUCUUUUACUGGAUCUUGUUUUGUCUGGCGGUGGAGGUUUGAUUUAAGGCCAGCUGAAGCCUUUUACAUGUGCAGGAUGAUCCACACCCUGUGAAUAAAGGUCAGGAGGCACAAACCAUAGAGCAGAAGAUAUAUAUACUGUAAGAACUUUCAUUAUUCCGAUGAUAUCUUACCGAUCGUUUUAGAGAAAGACAAAAAAAAGUCACUUAUUAAAGCUUAGCCGUCUUUCUACAGAAUAGAGAACAUAGUUAUAAGGAUUUCUAAAAAAGACAAGACAAUGUUUUUAUUGUGGUAUUAUUUGUAUUUCAAUUUUUGUACGUAUCAAGACUGUGAACGUGUGUGAGUGUGUGUCGGAGUGUGUAGCCGAGCAGGUGUGUGUGUGUGUGUGUGUGUGUGUGUGUGUGUGUGUGUGUGUGUGUGUGUGUGUGUGUGUGUGUGUGUGUGUGUGUGUGUGUGUGUGUGUGCAGGUGUGUGUGUGUGUGUGUGUGCAGGUGUGCGACAUGCAUGUGGGUGUAUGUGUCCACCUCGUCUGAAUCACUGGAAAAGACAACCUCAAACCUGGUAACACACAUCUGUGAUGUUGGGAAUUCUACAAUAAAUGUCCUCUCCUUGUACAGCA